UUUCCCUUUGGUUUGGUGUUUGUAUGUGGUUUUGCGCGUGAUUUUUUGGCUAGACGCCGAGAAGAAUGACGUGUGACUUUAAAGGAGGGAAAUUGAGUGCGAGGCACCCAAGUGCUUGUAUUGUUGAGUGAUUUUUCGUAUAAUAAGGAAAACUGGUGCUACUUGUUAUAAUACUACACCUCUCUGCUGGCAGAAGAAGAAGGGAAAAAAAACAAAAUUCGGCCGAGCUCCCGCUGGUGUGUUCUUCUAUUGUCCAUAUACGCGCCUACAUACGUACACGACUAGCGGUGCUGCGCGGCGAUGCUGAUCUGAUUUAUGAUGGAGAACCGCGCCUACGAGGAUGAGCCGAACAAGUCAGCGCAGCAUCUGUACCACAACAGCCAACAGCAGCAUCGCUUCCACCAGCAGCUCAGCCUCAAUCUCAGCCAGCUCGGCCACCACCAUCAGCUGCCACAGUCUCAGGUCCAGCACUCGCGCGCCGAUUCCCGGCCGUGCGAGCAGUUGCGGCGCAGCAGCUACCACAGCCAUCAGUUCGAGCAGCCCCACAGGUUCGAGCCGUACCGGAGCGGAGGAGGAGGAGGACCCAUGGAUAUGCCCGUCCACGGCUCUGACUGCCACGUGUACGAGGACAUCGUCGCCCCGUACGGCCUCGAGCCCGGCGGCGCCGGGGCCUUCCACAGGAACCUCACCCUGCCCCUCAGGCGGACCAGUCAGAGCUGCGAGUCGAUCGAGGGCACCAGCUCGUCCGUCCGGGUGACCAGCAGGGAGCGCACCCGGGGAUCGAUCAUCGAACGGCUCGCCAGGGACGACAGAAAUCGGAGCAGCGCGGAGAACAGCAGUCGGGACGAGAGCCUCGUGAGCGGCAGCAGCGUCGAGCGACCGGCGCGCCGGCGACGCAAGAAGGACUGCAAGCACUGCAAGGUGAAGGCCGGCGCGGGUAACAACAACGCCGAGCCAACCAACCACCGGCAAUUGAGCUGCAGGCAACAAGAGACGGGGGAGGAGGAGGAGGAGGCGUACGAGGAGAGAAACGCCGAGCUGAGGGCGAUCUUUGGCCUACCGGGGCUGUGCGCCCUCGCGCCGGGAUGCCUCAACGGGGGCGUCGUCUACGCCAUCGGCUGCAACGGCACGGAGUGCGCCGGUAGCAUCGUGAGCAGCAGCGGGGGUGGCACGACAAACAGCGACUCGACGACGACGACGGCGCUGGCGGGCUCGACUACGGCCAUGCCGAGGUUCGCCGGCCCGGAGGGUCCCUUCAACGCCGACGACAAGGCCCUGGUAUCAUCGUCUCUCCAAGGCUGCAACAACAAUACGAGUAACAAAGUACUGGCGACGACAGCAACGUCGGGGGCGGUUACAGGCAAUGCUCGAGCUGCCGGCAUGAAGGUGAACUCGAUCUACGCGCAGGAGCACUGGCACGCGGCGGCCAAGGAUCCGCGCAUCUUCCUUAACGACCCCAAGGAGCAAAAUUGCAACUCGGCCUUCCAGUACUGCUGA